CGAAGUGUUCCAUCACUUUCACAUCACUUAUGGGCGAAUAAAUUUGUUUGAGGUGUACCAGGUUCAGCUUUGGAUACUGACAACUGACAAAGGAUAAUCACUGAGGACUAAACCAGGGAUAAUGCCAAUGUAGCACGUGGUGUGCGGGAGAAUUUUAGCAGACCUUAUAGAAGUGAAAGUAGUUCACCGAAUAUGACGACGUGCUUGAUGUUCAUUUAACGCUCAUAUGACGCCCAAACGCCAUUAGAAGAUGUCGAUUUUACCCGUCUUCCUCCUCCUUUUUGGAUGUUGCUUUUACAACAUCGAGCUGUCUGCAGCAGACUGUGAAGAUGAAUCUUACGAGGGUCUCAGAUUGCCCAGGACUUUGGUCGUCACCGGUUCAUCCUCGAGGAACGGAAUAAUCUAUGAGGUAUUCAUUAAUGUAUACCAUCGAAAACCGAGAGGGGAAAACGUCACUAAGUAUGAGGUUAGAUACUCCAAGAAGAGUAUUCCAGUCUUAGAAUUUCGCACACAGACUACUCUCCGGCAGUCAAGGUAUACUGACCUACCCCUCUCUUUUGACUACGACUUCCAAGUGAGGGCUUACAACGAGAAAGGAGUUGGUCCCUGGUCUGAAUCGGAAGGCUUCAUUGCUGAAAAAGGAAGACUUAGACCACCGAGAAACAUUCGUGUCGAGAGACUGACACCAAAGCGAUACUCUGUGACGUUUGACCCUCCUAUUCAAUCAAGCUGGCGUCCCAUCACGAUCCACAGUUACCGCAUCUUCCACAGCUACCACGCAAGUGGGGCCAUGACCGCGUGGAACCAGACAGAGGUCCUUGCCGGAACGACGGCUGAAUUUACCGUGUCGGACCCGGCGAAAACGUACGUUGUAAAGGUCCAGGCACGGGAAGUGGACGGUAGAUAUGGUAACCUGUCCACUAUCUACGUCCCAACUUAUUACCCAAUCGUGACACCGGGAAAACCUCGUAAUUUGCGCGUGGUCUCGAAAAGUUCUACAUUUGUGUGGCUACGUUGGGACCAUCCAAACGAUUGGCAAACUGGUAGUCUAACGAGUUAUCUGCUCGAGUACCAAAAAAGUACCCGGCCGCAUGGAGGUUCAUAUGGCGUAUUUCUGCCAUCGACAAGGACAGAGUACAAAGCUGACGGACUCAUCUCAGGGACUUCUUAUACCUUCAACCUUACUGCCAAGUACCUAGGGGAACCUGUUCGUGAAGGGCCGGCUAUCAUCCGUGAAGAAACAUCUACUUAGUCGCAAAUCUGACAGCUUUUAAUGGAGACCAUUAUCAGCUGUUAACUUUUUCACAGAGUAUGCGCUAAAAGCGUUCUACCAUGCCAUCUGAAUAGGGGCAAAGUAGAUCUCGUCGAUUCGUGCUAACAACAUUCAUCUUUGCUUCAGGUCAGAUACGGGUAUGCCUCAAGAAUACAUAAAUGUGACCCGCUCUACCAAAAUUAGGCGCUUGUCGCAUCUGAACUUGACAGGUUGAUACGGACUUGUUGUUCAUUUCCCUAUUGUAGACCUUUUGUG